GUCGAAUAGUUGACUUUUUCUUCAAUUUUAAAAAUUAAUAUUUUACAAUUAUUUUCAACAAAAGAGAUUUCUUUUGAAAAUGGGAAUUCAAAAAGAGUCUUUUCGGGGUUAUUCUAGUGCUCGACAGCUGUCAAAAAGAACCCUGGCUACAAUUAUUAUUUUGCAAUUGAUAUUAGUAUGUCAAGGGAAAGCGAUCGUGGAUGAUGACGAGGUUGUACAGUUCAAUUCCUCAAGUGAUUUCGAUUACUCUUUGGACUUUGAAAAUGAGCCAAAACCAGAUGAAGACACAAAUAUUGAAAUAAUUAACAAAGACGACUCUAAAUCAGUCACCAUUCUUUCGGUGCGAUCGCGACGAUUUUCAGUCAUCGGAACAAAAUGGAAUAAAACACAUCUCACUUGGAGAUUGGUAAAUAAAACUUUGACCAAUUUGGAUUCGAGCAAAGUGAGACAUAGAUUCGGAGAGGCUUUUGAUAAAUGGGCACAAGUUUCACGGUUGACAUUCGAAGAAUCGAACAGCACUGCCGCCGAUAUUCAAAUAUCGUUUAAAAGGCUGUCUGGCGGAUCUUAUGUAAAAAUCGAUGGGCCCAAGCCGAAUGAGACUUCCUGUCAUCCAUCUUUCAGUGAAAAUACCAACUGGGUUCUAUCGGGAGAAGAUGAACAUUCAGGUGUUUUAUUUUUCCCAUUGGCGCUUUAUGUUUUCGGUCAUGCAUUGGGUCUUUCGGAUUCUUCAGUGAAAAAUUCGGUGAUGUAUUCCCGAUACAUUAAACCUCUGCCGCAAGAGCUACACGAAGAUGAUAUAAUGGCGAUUCAGUUUUUAUAUGGCGAACCAGAACACAUUUCGCCACCAAACAUUUCAAUAAUGACAACUUCAACGGCUUUGUCUACACCAAUCAAAAUAACGCCAUCGAUAGAUCUAGUUAUAUCUUCUACGACGACAUUGGCCACAACGAGAGCAUUACCACCGUCAACGGAAACAACGACAACAAGCACCUCUUCAAAACCGCCGACAACAAAUCCCAAACCACAUGACACAACCACACGGUCGACAAAACCAUCAUUUUCCAGAAUAAUUGAACCAAUUUCCUUCACAGGAAGAACAACAACCACAUUUUUUAGAAGAAAAGCAAACAGUGACACUAAGAUUGUUAUUGGUCCAGAUGGCAUCGAAUUCAAUGGAAACAAAGUAAGCGGUGGCUUUGAUUCCAUUAUCAUAAAACGAAGACCCAUUGAAUCGAAAACGACUUUGAACUCAGCACAACCAAUAAUUUUUUGCAUUUUAUCCACUUGCCAUUUUUAAAACAUAUUUUAUAAGU